AUGACCACAACCCUCUCUCUCCUCCCCAACGCCUCCGACUCCGCCUCCGCCUCCCCUCCCUCCUCCCCCGCCAAGCUGCCCCCUCCGCAGCCAUCCAACUCACACCAUGGCACCAUCUCCAUAACCAACACCAACACCAACCCCCCCGCUCACCACCCCUCCCCCUUCCGUCUCACCUCCCACCCCUCCGAACCCACCAGCCACCACGAAAACAACCCCAACAGCACCGAAUACUACAGCCCCUACAAACCCAAGCGCCAAUGGCCUCCCGACAUGACCAAGCUCUCCCCGAAACACCAGUUCCGGCUCGAACGCAAGUACCGGCGGCGCGCGGCGCUGAAAUACGCUCGCCCGAAGUGGGUCAAGGCUACUAAGUUGGUGCAGUGGGGGGUUAUUGGGUUUGUCCUGGUAUACGCGAUGCUGUUCAUGGAGUGGGAUGAGCGCGGGAGUCCGUUUGAUGAGAUUCGGAGAACUUUCUUCGCGGGCGUGAAGGGCGCGUUUUCGACACCGCCGCCGCCAGGCCCGAGGAGGUCAGGGGAGGAGUCGAGUCGGGAGUAGACUGACUGACCGACUGUAUGUAUACCAUUCUGCCAGCUAGAGCCUUGGAUGUUGUGGAACAAAGGCCCAUCGAUAGACGCCGCAACCACAGUGGGUUGACGUAGAUACUCUACAUACUACCUACAUACAUAGUGUAUAUUAUUCUCUUAUCCAAAUAUCCAAAAAAGAAAGGGGGGGAGUGCAUGGCCAG